GGAAUCACCUGGGGCAAGGCAUUUUUAGUUGGCUCUGGAAACUCUCAUGCUUUACCAUACUUAUCUAAUCGAGAAUGCCAACUCGGAGGCUAUAGAACAUAUGUUGUCAACUUCCAUCCGCGGCCGGACAUUUUCCACCCUUCGCCAUCGUCCAGCCACCAUGAUGAAAAGAAAGAUGCUCUCUUAUAUAUAGCUGUUCCCGAAAACCGCCAUUGGCUGGGUUCCGCUCCUUUACCAGAUAUAGCUAAACAAAUUCUCGAAAGCAGCGGGCCAUCAGGUUCAAACGUAGAAUAUCUUUUAAACUUAGCCGACUUCAUGAGAGAAGAGGUUCCUGAAGCUUUAGACGAGCACUUAUUUUCCCUAGAAAGAUUGGUUAGGAAAUUCGCAGCCGAAGCGAAAUUAUGCCUUAAGACUUUGAUAGGAGAUUCACAGAACGUACAAGAUGAAAAGAAACCUGAAGCUAAAGCCGUUGUUCUGAGCAACCAGUUCGCUUCAAGAAUACCUGAAAAGAAAUUACGCUGCGUCAAUAUGUAGCUGGUUUCAAAAUGGAACUGAGACAAUUCUUAAUUCUGACAAGAGCUUCCGUUUUUUUACAAGAGAUUGACUACCACAAAAUGUGUGAUUCUAAAGGUAGGUAUGAAUGACAAAGCAAAUGCAAACUUGUGAUCAUUUGAUAUUUUGUAAAUCCUUAUUGAACGCAAUUUCCAAGCGCAUCAAAUUUUGACAAUAUAUUAUUGCCUUAUUUGGCUUACAAUGGAGUCCAGUAAUUCAAAAUAGCAUUGACGUGUUUGGAUUAAGCAGUGGUAUUUCAUCAACAGUUGGUACAGUGGUGUUCAAAACAGUUGCGAAUAUUCGAGAAUGCUUUGAAAUGAUUUAACAUAUGACUUUAACUAUAGCUCACGCGUUUUACCUUUAAUUAUAUGACAAUUGAUAUACGAGUAAUUCAGGUACUAAUAGACAUAUACAAAACAUUUAGCCUUCUGAUGUUUAACUCCAAAUAGCAUUUUCAUUUGUUCCCUAUCUAAUUCUCCAUACGUUUAGAAUAAUGGUUAAAACGUUGUAAUGGCACAGGUAAUUCCAAGCGCUUUAUAGUUUAAAAUAUGACCUUUAGAAUAUGAUAAAGAAAAAUACCAAAUAAUAAUGAGAUUGACAAGUAUUAUUAUGAAUCUAGACGGUAAUAUUAAGUUCAAAUGUUAUUUUGUGAUUUUUCAUUUUUGAUCUUGUGUUAAGUGAUGUUACAAAUAUUAUUAUUUUAUGAGAUGUUGUGUUCGUAUUUUAUUAAGUUAUAAAAGAUGGCAACUUAGAUGUAAUGUAAUUUAGCGAUAAAACCAUAUAUUAUGACUUUGAUAGCUUCCUAUGUUGAUUGUAGAGAAAUUGUAGAAACUUUUAUAUUAUAAAAUUUUGUAUGUACUUUAAAACUUUUAUACUCCAAUUUUGUAAUAUCCGAAAAUAAUUGUAAGUAUUUUAUAGUUGAGAUUGUUAUAAAAUCGAAUAAUCCAUCAUUUCAUAAAGAUAAGUAAUUUCACUAAUACUCGAAAGUGCCUGUAGGUACUUCAUUUUAUAGGUACUUUCGUUCUUUGGCAAAACUACUGAUUUUUUUUUGUAAAAUAUAAUACAUGUGUAUGCCAUAAUAUUAUUCACUAUUUAUGACAGGAUUUUAAGUAAGGACGACAUGAUAUACCC